AUGAGCAGCCAUGGCAACAGCCUGUUCCUGCGGGAGAGUGGCCAGCGGCUGGGCCGGGUGGGCUGGCUGCAGCAGGUGCAGGAGAGCCUGCAGCAGAGAGCGCUGCGCACGCGCCUGCGCCUGCAGACCAUGACCCGCGAGCACGUGCUGCGCUUCCUACGCCGGAACGCCUUCAUCCUGCUGACGGUCAGCGCCGUGGUCAUAGGGGUCAGCCUGGCCUUUGCCCUGCGCCCCUACCAGCUCACUUACCGCCAGAUCAAGUACUUCUCUUUUCCUGGAGAGCUCCUCAUGCGGAUGCUGCAGAUGCUGGUGCUGCCUCUCAUUGUCUCCAGCUUGGUCACAGGUAUGGCCUCCCUGGACAACAAGGCAACUGGGCGGAUGGGGAUGCGGGCAGCUGUGUACUACAUGGUGACCACGGUCAUCGCAGUCUUCAUCGGCAUCCUCAUGGUCACCAUCAUCCAUCCUGGGAAGGGAUCCAAGGAAGGGCUGCACCGUGAGGGCCGGAUCGAGACCAUCCCCACAGCUGAUGCCUUCAUGGACCUGAUAAGAAAUAUGUUUCCACCCAACCUCGUGGAGGCCUGCUUCAAACAGUUCAAGACACAGUACAGCACGAGGGUGGUAACCAGAACCAUUGUGAGGACAGAGAACGGUUCUGAGCUGGGUACCUCCAUGCCUGCUCCAUCUUCAGUGGAGAACGGAACCAGCAUAUUUGAAAAUGUCACUCGGGCCCUGGGCACCCUGCAGGAGGUGGUGAGCUUUGAGGAGACCGUGCCUGUGCCUGGCUCAGCCAAUGGCAUCAACGCAUUGGGCCUUGUGGUCUUCUCUGUGGCCUUUGGACUGGUCAUCGGUGGCAUGAAACACAAGGGCCGAGUCCUGAGGGACUUCUUUGACAGCCUCAAUGAGGCUAUUAUGAGGCUGGUGGGCAUCAUUAUUUGGUACGCACCUGUGGGCAUCCUGUUCCUGAUCGCAGGGAAGAUUCUGGAGAUGGAAGACAUGGCCGUCCUGGGGGGUCAGCUGGGCAUGUACACCCUGACCGUCAUCGUGGGCUUGUUCCUGCAUGCUGGUGGCGUUCUGCCCCUCAUCUACUUCCUCAUCACCCACCGGAACCCCUUUCCCUUUAUUGGGGGCAUGCUGCAGGCACUCAUCACCGCCAUGGGCACAUCUUCCAGCUCCGCGACCCUGCCCAUCACCUUCCGCUGCCUGGAGGAGGGCCUGGGUGUGGAUCGCCGCAUCACCAGGUUUGUGCUGCCAGUGGGGGCCACUGUCAACAUGGAUGGUACCGCCCUCUACGAGGCCCUAGCUGCCAUCUUCAUUGCUCAAGUCAACAACUACGAGCUCAACCUGGGCCAGAUCACAACGAUCAGCAUCACGGCCACAGCGGCCAGUGUUGGGGCUGCUGGCAUCCCCCAGGCGGGCCUGGUCACCAUGGUCAUUGUGCUUACUUCUGUCGGUCUGCCCACCGAAGACAUCACGCUGAUCAUAGCUGUGGACUGGUUCCUUGACCGGCUUCGCACGAUGACCAAUGUGCUGGGGGACUCCAUCGGAGCGGCUGUCAUCGAGCAUUUGUCUCAGCGGGAGCUGGAGCUGCAGGAAGCUGAGCUUACCCUCCCCAGCCUGGGGAAGCCCUACAAGUCACUCAUGGCACAAGAGAAGGGGGCAUCCAGGGGACGGGGAGGGAACGAGAGUGCGAUGUGA